AUAGAAAUUGAUAAAAAAAAAAUUUAAUUGAUUGAAGAUAUAGAAUAGAAUGAAAUCAUUUCCAUCACAUUCUUAUUUUCCCAAUUUUAAUAAAAUUAAAAUUUAACUAUUAUUAUUUGUAAAAUAAAUACAAAUAAAUAUUUUUAUUCUUAAUCUAAGUUUUUGUUUCUAAAUAUAUAUAACGUGACAGAUUCUUCUUACAUUGUUUAUGAUUGAAUAAAGUAUUAUUUGGCCAUGAGAUGUCUCUGCAUACUGAUGUAAAUAGUUACAUAUUCGUAUGUAAUAAAAAAUGUAUACAUUUUUAAAAGAUACAUAUAAUUUUAUACAUAAAAUUAGAGAUAAAAUAUAAUAAUAUAUAAAGAAUAAACUAAAAUAAAUAAAAUAAAAAUAAUUUAUUUAAAAAUUUGAAAAAUAUUAAAUAAUUUAUAUUUUUUACAUAGAUAUAUAGAUAGAUUUAUAUAGAUACUUUUAUAUUAUUAAAAAUACAAAAUAAAAUAUAAAAAAAAUAUAAAUAUGUUCAUAUAAAAAAAUAUAAACAUAAAUUCAUGAAUUUGAAUUUAUUACAAUUGUAUACAAUUUAAAAUUAAAUUUUUUACUUUUUAUUUUUAUUAUAUUAAAAUUUUUAUAAAUAUUAUUAAUUUCACGAAUUGAUUUAUAUAAUUAAUAUUAUUUUUAAUAAGAAUAAACUUAAUAUACAAGUGAAUAUAAAACAGAAAAAAAUAUAAAAUUUUAUUUUGAAGAAAAUUAAUAAGGUGUUGUUUUUUUUAUGUAUUUAAUAUGUUAUUUAAAUUAAUGUUACAAAUUUGUGCUCAAAAAACACAACACAUCAAAUGUUUUAUUAGUAAAAGAUAUUUUCAUAUAAAUAAUGAAGAAUUUAUAUUGAAUAGAUCUUUAUCACAUUUAAAAUACUUUCUUAAACAACAAUGCUUAAAUGUUGUUGAAGGACAUACAUGUUUUAUAAUAGAUUGUCCUAUAUGUAAUAAUAUAAAGACAAAAUCAAAAGUUUAUGUAAAUAAAAAUACAGGAUUUUUUAUAUGUGAUAAAUGUAAAUCCAUGGGUUCUUGGAAUAUAUUGGAAAAAUUUUUAUUGUUAAAAAAAUCAAAUGAAAAUUUCAAGAAACUUGAUAUAUUAAAAACUAGUUGUAAUUUAAAAGAAAAUUUUAUAGAAAAAUGGAAAUGUAUAAUAAGUGAUUGUCAAAGCAUACGAGAUCUGUCUACAGAAGAAUACAAUAUUUUUCUAAAUAAUUUUUCAUUUCCUCAAGUUUUACAAAAGGAUAUGUCACAGUUAAAUUGUUUUUAUAACAAGGCAAUCAAUGUAAUAUAUUUUCCACUAAUAGGCUUAAAUGCAUCUAUAGUUGGAUAUAAAUUACUUUCAACUAAACCACAAAAGGAAGAAACAAUUCCUGCUUCUGAAGUUAGUGGAUGUAUUGAAUAUAGACGAUAUUAUAGUAAAAAUGAUGGUACUGCUAUAAUUGUGAGCACAAUAGAUGAUUUGUUAGCUAUAAUGUCAAAACAAUCUUCAAAUGUAAUUAUAUGUCUUCCAUAUAAUUUAAGAAGUCUACCCCAACAAUUAUUACCAUAUAUGGAAUCAUUCAAAAAGUUAAUUUUAUGGUUUGGAAAUGAUGAAGUAAGUUGGUACACUGCUAAACAUUUUGCAAAAAAAUUAAACGAGAAAAGAUGUUAUCUUAUUAGACCAACAGAUUCACAACCUCGACCAAAAUUAGCUGCUGAAAUGAAUUAUAAUUUUAAUAAUAUUAUAAAGAAUGCUCAGCCUUUAUGGCACAAAAGUAUAAUUACCUUUCAAGAUCUUAAAGAAGAAAUCUUAAUUAAUUUACAAAACAGUGACAAAGUAGAAGGAGUAAAAUGGAAACGAUAUACACAUUUAAAUCGUAUAUUAAAAGGUCAUAGAAGAGGUGAAUUCACUAUACUAACUGGGCCAACUGGAUGUGGUAAAACAACUUUUAUGAGUGAAUAUUCCUUAGAUUUAGCAAUACAAGGUAUCAAUACAUUGUGGGGUAGUUUUGAAAUAAGAAAUGUAAGAUUAAUAAAAACAAUGUUACAACAAAUGGUAGGUGUACCUUUAGAUGAAAAUCUUGAAAAUUUUAAUACAUAUGCAAAUGCUUUUGAAAAAUUGCCAAUUUAUUUUAUGACAUUUCAUGGUCAACAAAAUAUCAAAGUAGUAAUGGAUGCAGUUGAGCAUGCAACAUAUGUACAUGACAUAGCUCAUGUGGUAAUUGAUAAUGUUCAAUUUAUGAUGGGAAUGACUAAUGAUUCAAAAUAUAUAGAUAGAUUUUGGAAGCAAGACGAUAUAAUAGCAAAAUUUAGAAAUUUUGCUACCGUAUACAAUUGUCAUGUAACAAUGAUAAUACAUCCACGAAAAGAACGUAACGAUGAAGAAUUGACAACAUCAUCGAUUUUUGGAAGUGCAAAAGCAAGUCAAGAAGCAGAUAAUAUACUAAUUAUUCAAGAUAAUAGAUUUAAGAAUAUUCGAGGCAAAAAAUAUUUGCAAGUAGUUAAAAAUAGAUAUAGCGGUGAUUUAGGUAUUGUGGUAUUGGAUUUUGAUAAAUCAAGUCUUAGUUAUGCAUCAAAAUUAAAAACUAAAGAAAAAAAAAAUCUUAAAGUAAAAAAUGAAUGAAAUAAUAAAAUAAUAUGAAAGAAAUAUUGAAUAAAUAUUAUUUUUGAAAAUAA